GAGAGAGAGAGAGAGAGAGAGGAAUUCCCUCGCACAAACAAAAGCGCGGCUGGCUGGUAGGGCGUGUGUCAGUUCCUAUGGCUCCCGGAAUAUCCUGUACCCUGAUUUCUACCUGUGGCUGAGGGGGACGUGAGGAGCCCGAUGGAUGCACCAUGUAGGGACAGCCAACUACAGGAAGCCUCCGGGUGCGUUUGAGGAGGGAACAUCCACUGAUUCCUUGCUGGAUACAAAAUUUGUAUUUGACAUCCGCUCCGACCGACUCCCGCUGGGAAAGACUUCAUCCUCGGCAGCUCUCACAAUCCAAACAAAGGAGUACUGCCAGUCAGCGAACUGCAAUGUGCGGUCGACGGAGUUGAAAUGCUGCGUCUCCCUGCAGGAGGGCUGGAUGAACUGACCGCGCGUUAAAUCAUGACAGGUCAGUUCCUGGGGGAACCGGGCGGCGGGGCCCAUAUGGAUGACAACGCCGCCAUCCGCAUCAACGUGGGCGGCUUCAAGAAGCGCCUCCAGUCGGACACUCUGUCCCGGUUCCCCGAGACGCGGCUGGCGCGUCUUCUCCACUGCCAGUCCAAGGAGUCCAUCCUGGAGCUGUGCGACGACUACGACGACACGGAGAAAGAGUUUUACUUCGACAGGAACCCGGCGCUCUUCCCCUACGUGCUGAAUUUCUACCACACGGGGCGGCUGCACGUCAUGGCCGAGCUGUGCAUCUUCUCCUUCAGCCAGGAGAUCGAGUACUGGGGCAUCAACGAGUUCUUCAUCGACUCCUGCUGCAGCAGCGCCUACCACUGCAGGAAGAUGGACCAGGACCGAGAGGACUGGGAGGAUCGCAGCGACGAGGGGAGCACGACCUCGUCCUUUGACGAGCUGUUGGAGUUUUACAACGACGCCACCAAGUUUGACAAGCAGCUGCUCGGGAGCGCACGGAGGCGCGUCUGGCUGAUGCUGGACAACCCGGGCUACUCCGUGGCCAGCCGCAUCAUCAGCAUCCUGUCCAUCCUGGUGGUGAUCGGCUCGAUCGCCACCAUGUGCAUGAACAGCAUGAGCGAGUUCAGCCUGCUGGACGGCGAGGGGCAGCCCACGGAGGACCCCCGGUUCGAGAUCGUGGAGCACUUCGGCAUCGGCUGGUUCACCCUGGAGCUGGUGGCCAGGUUCGUGGUGGCCCCGGACCUCCUGCACUUCUUCGAGCACCCGUUGAAUGUGAUAGACCUCGUGUCCAUCCUCCCGUUUUACCUGACGCUGCUGAUAAACCUGGUGGUGGAGAGCACUCCCGCGCUGGCCAACCUGGGCCGCGUCGCGCAGGUGCUCAGGCUCAUGCGUAUUUUCCGCAUCCUGAAGCUGGCGCGCCACUCGACGGGGCUGCGCUCCCUGGGGGCCACCCUGAGGAACAGCUACAAAGAGGUGGGGCUGCUGCUGCUCUACCUGGCGGUGGGGGUGUCUUUCUUCUCCGUCAUGGCUUACACGGUGGAGAAAGAGGACAGCGAGGACCUGUCCACCAUCCCGGCGUGCUGGUGGUGGGCCACCGUCAGCAUGACCACGGUGGGCUACGGGGACGUGGUGCCCGUCUCUAUCGCGGGGAAACUGACGGCCUCGGCGUGCAUUCUGGCCGGCAUCUUAGUCGUUGUGCUUCCGAUUACACUCAUUUUCAAUAAAUUCUCGCUCUUCUACAAGAGACAGAAACAGCUGGAAAUCGCAAUGAGGAGCUGCGAUUUCGACGAGGGCAUCAAGGAGGUUCCCUCCGUUAACCUGAGGAACUAUUACGCGCACAAAGUGAAAUCUCUCAUGGCCAGUUUGUCCAACAUGAGCCGGAGUUCACCCAGUGAGCAGAGUCUGAACGAGUCCAUCCACUGAGGCGCUGUCCAGGGUGCUGAAAGUCUUCUUCCUUCCUCCGAUGUCCGCCUCUCUGUAGCUCACUGCAAUAACGCGUUCACGUGCGUGUCUGUCACAAUGACAAGCGAAAAAAAACAAAAAAAAAAAAAACAAGAUGUACAGGCCAGAAUGAACGUGAUGUUUCUCCCCGUGUCAUCAGCCGGGCCCCGAUCUGACCACACCAGAGGGAAACACUGUAGUCCACCUUCCAGCUGUUCUUGUCGUGAUCCAGUUCGUCAGAAGUAACUCCAGUCGUGCCCUCUUUGAACGAGUCUUGAUGUGUAAUCGUGUUGUUGCAACAAUACUUCAGACGUGUGGUUGAAACAAAAAAAUGUAUUAAACAAAAGAAUACACGAUGUACCUUCUUGUUUGUUUUAAUGUGAGGGUCUGAGUCACUGAUUGAGACGGCACAUGUGAGCCUGCAGGGGGAGAUGGGGAUUUAUAGUAGUGACUGACACAAUAUCUGAAACUGUUUGACAAGCAGAGCAACAACCAUUCAGCCCUGACAUGGCGAGCACAUUUAGUGCUGCUGGAUUAGGGUUUUUGGAGGAGGAAGCAACACUUUGAUUUUGGUAAAUGCAUUUUAUUUCAAGUCAGCCACUGUAAUCAAACUCAAAGGUAAACUGAGGUCU